AUGGGUCAUUCGAGAAAAAAGACGAGACACAAGGGCGGGAACACGAUCACGGGAACGUGUAAGAACAAGAUGAUACAAAAAGCUCGAUUCGGGUAUGAAUUCCAGUUUCAUUCGGAGGCGAAACUCAAGCUUGAGAAGAUGGGUGUAUCCACUCAUGAGCAUCAUCAUGCUCGAUCGUGUAUCUUUCGAUACCUUAAUGCUAUUUUGCAUCUCGAUGAUGCAAUAGAGAGGAAGGACUAUAAGGAAGGGUACAAUAAUGCAGUUGAGGCCAUGAGAAAAGCAAUUUACUUUGACUUCUGCCUUAAUCUUACUCGUGUCGUCGGUGACUCUAGCCUUGAGCUCAUCGACCUUCGAGAAUUUGAGCUUGAGGACAGCUAUCAACACCUUUGCUUUGCUCAGCCUGAUAUAUAUUGA